AUGCAGGGCACAUACCAAGAGGCCAUCAAGCUGCUCCGGGGACGGUCGCGGCUGGCCAAAGCGACGACCAAGCCGGACGAGCCUCGGCUCAACGUCCCCAACAACUAUAACAUGGUAGAAUGGCUCGCGCAGCUCGGACAUACAGACCUCAGCGCACUCAAUGUGAUUCACAUCACCGGCACCAAAGGCAAAGGCAGCACCGCCGCCUUUACCGAGUCCAUCCUGCGGCAGCACUUCUCCCGCCUACAGAAGCCCAUCAAGAUCGGCCUCUACACCUCGCCGCACAUCCUCACCGAGCGGGACCGCAUCCGCAUCAACUUUGCGCCCGUGUCCGAGGACGUCUUUGCCGCGGCCUUUUUCGACGUCUGGCACGGGCUGCGCUGCGAUGAGCCGGGCUACAAACCGGGCUAUCUCCAGCUCCUCGCUUUAAUAUCCGUGCAUAUUUUCAAGAGGCAGGGCGUGGAUCUGGCCAUCUAUGAAGUCCAUGCUGGUGGACGCAAAGACGCGACCAAUAUAUUCGACAGGCCGCUGGCGUGCGGCUUCUCCCGCAUCGGCCUGGACCAUGCGGAUCUGCUGGGUCCGGGCGUAGACCGCAUCGCGUGGCACAAGAGCGGCAUCAUGAAAAAAUCAAGACCGGCAUUCUCCGUGGUUCAGGACGAGGUGCCGAGUGCUGUGCUGCGAGAGCAGGCCAAGGUGAUUGGCGCGCCGCUGCAUGGGUUGCAAGUAUGUCCCGAUCUGCCGGCGCAUCCCAACGUCAGCCAGCAGGCGCAAAAAGAAAAUGCGUCGCUGGCGAUCGCCUUGGCCAAGGCAGCGCUGUCUAAAAGCGGGCAUGAGCUUUCGACUAUCGACAUUGAGCUUGGGAUUGCCAAGUGCGCGUGGCCCGGUCGCUUUCAGCACCUACACAGCGACGGCGUCCACUGGUUUCUUGAUUCUGCGCACAAUGAGCUCAGCAUCCCGGUCGCCAUGGCGUGGUUCAAGUCGCAGUCUGCCGCUGUACGAGAUAAGCACCAAGGUUGUCAUCGUCCUUGCCGGCGAAUUCUCAUAUUCGGACACUCGUCGGACCGCAGCACGGAGCGGCUCGUAGACGUCCUGCUGGCGUCUGCUUCAGAGCACGACGUGGCAUUCGACCAAGUAAUCCUAUCAUCAUACAAUCGUUACGACAUUCCUAUACCGGAAUCGGUCGCCAAGGAGCAGCUGGAAUUCUGGGAGACGCGAAAUCUCCAAGUGCCAAUACAGCACGCCAUUACGGCCGAUGCGGCUAUUGAUAUGGUCAAGGAUGCGGGGCAAAACUCUCCUGAUACACAUUUACAAGUUCUCGUCACAGGGUCUGCACAUCUAGUCGGCCAGUCUCUCGGUGCCUUGGGCGGCGAAAAGCUUGUGAUGACAACAGAAUGA